AUGUCCGACACACACGCUUCGCCCUCCCCGACCGGCAUCAAGGCCGAAUCGCUCACCGACGACUACCAUGGCAGCGCCGUCGCCACCACCGCCGCCGCCGCCCCCGAGGCGCCGGUUGAGUAUACGAAAGAGGAAGAGACCAGGCUGGUGCGCAAGAUCGACCUCGUCGUCGUACCCAUCCUCAUGUUCUUGUACCUGCUCUCGUUCCUCGACAGGUCAAAUAUCGGCAACGCCCGCAUCGAGGGCCUGAUCGACGAUGUCGGCAUCACCGACUACAGCUCUAUCCUCACCAUCUUCUUCGUUGGCUACGUCAUCGGAGAGGUGCCCGCCAGCCUGAUUCUCAAGCGCACCAGCCCAACGUUCUGGCUCUCGACGCUGACGCUCCUCUGGGGCAUCGUGUCGGUCAUCAUGGCCUUUGUGCCCAACCAGGCCUCGCUCUACGCCGUCCGCUUCUUCCUCGGCGUCAGCGAGUCCGGCCUUUUCCCCGGCAGCGUCUUUGUCUUUUCCCUCUACUACCCGCGCCACCAGCGCCACUACCGCACCGCGCUGCUCCUCUCCGGUGCGGCGGUGUCGGGCGCGUUCGGAGGCAUCCUCGCCUACGGUCUGGCCAAGCUCGGCGGCAAGGGCGGCCUCGCUGCGUGGCAGUAUAUCUUUUUGCUCGAGGGACUCGUAACGGUCGUCGCUGGUGCGCUGGGAUACUGGCUGGUGCCCAACUACCCGCAGCGGUCCAAGACGUUUUCGGCGCGCGAAAAGGCCAUUAUCGCCCACCGCAUGGCCGAGGACGCCGAUGCCGUCGACAACGAGCCGUUCAACUGGCACGGCGUGCGCGCCGCCUUCCGCGACCCGUACGUUUACCUGAUGGGCCUGCUGUUCCACGGCUUCGCCUUCGCCCUCUACACCAUCUCCAACUUCAUGCCCGCCAUCAUCAAGGAGCUCGGGUACACGAGCGCCCAGGCCCAGCUGCUCACGGUGCCGCCGUACGCCUUCGCCUUCCUGGUGACCAUGUCGACGGCCCACCUCUCGUUCCUGGCCCGCAAGCGCCUCGUCUUCAUCAUCCUCGCCGCGCUCCUCGCCAUCGUCGGCUACGUCGUCCAGAUCACCUCGCCCACUGUGGGCGGAAAGUACACGGCCGUCUUCAUCACGGCCGCCGGCGUCUACGCGGGCAAUGCGCUCCUCCUCUCGCUCCCCUCGGAAAACGUCAGCGGACAGACCAAGCGCGCCACGGCCCUCGCCAUGCAGAUCAUGUUUGGCAACACGGGCAGCAUCAUCGGCGUCCAGCUCUACCGGACGCCGCUGGGCAGCCUCAAGAACACCAACUACCGCAUCAGCCACGGCCUCGCCAUCGUCUGGCUCGGCAUCGGCAUCGGCGCGGCGUCGGCACUGUGGAUCCUCUUGGACCGCGAGAACAAACGCAGGGACAGGGAGGUGCAGAGGAAGUCCGACGAGGAGGGCAAGAGCGCAGAGCAGCUGCAGAGCGUAGAGGAGAAGCGGCUGCUCGGCGACAGGCGGCUCGACUGGAGGUACCAGAUCUAG